GGAGGAAAGGUGUUCGAGGCAAACUCAAACUGCAUGUUCUGCUUGUUGUACAGACAUUACCGUGCAUGAGGCUGGUAGAUGCUACUGGCCAGCCAAUCCCGCUGGCUGCCUUUCGGGCUUGGGACGAGUGAGGCCUACAGCGUCCACCUUAAUUCGGACGGCGCGGAUAGCCUACCCAGGUAAUACCCACUGAGCCGAUGACGGCCAGGCUCUAAGUGUUUCCACAUGGUCGGCCUAUUUAUGGGUGACUUGAGCUCGCUCUCGACAUCGGAUGAUGUGCAGAUCUGAAUUAUGUAAAGCAGCACCGCUGUUCUUGUUUAUUUGUUGGCGUCCAAGAUACCUCAUUACAGCGCCUUACCAAGUAAUCUGGACGGAUUACAGGUCGCCAAAUUGUUGUCCGCCGCAGCCCCGCCCUCACAGGCUUGAGCAGCUCCAGUGCCCUGUCUUCAGCUCAUACUUAUUACACAGUCAUUCUCAUAGCAACCCGACCUGGUCCAUGAUGCAGCCUAAACGCAAAUGGGCCCCCAUAUUUCCACCCCAGCACCACUUUGCACCACGAACUCCUAAGCGCCAGAAGAGCAACCGGACAGCCGACGGAUCUAUAUCUACAAUGGCGGCUGCCUCUUCUGGGUCUCCUCUUCCUGCCGUCGACAAGGGCAAGGACACGGACACGGACAUGGACUACGAGCCCGUCGACUACCGGGACCUGAAGGCCUGGAUCGCCGAGCAGGAGGCCCUGCCCCAGCCGGCGCCCCUGACCGAAAUCCAGAAAGAGGCCAUUGCCAAACUCCGGGCGUCGCUGGGAGGCUGGCCCGAGCCGGAGCUUGGCGAUACAAACUGGGUGGGUCUGCUGCACCGUAAGUAUUCCUGUUCUGAUACCCAUAUAUAUAUAUACCUAUAUCACAAAUGCAUGAGACACUACCUCUUUUUUUUUUUUGCCCUUGUGCUAGGAUACCGAGACGCGCACCAAGCCGGAGGCGCCGUAGUGCUCUUCGCCGACGAGCCUGCCCCCCAAUUCAAGUGGGUGUGCCACUGCACGUUCAGGGGCACCGCAGCCAGCGAGCCGCAGCAGUUUCCCGGCCCGGACGGCGGGCUUCUCGCCGCCGCCGAUGGUAGUGGUGGUGGCGCGCUCGUAGCCCCGAGCUUCGCCCGCAAGAAGGACGCCAAGCAGUACGCGGCCAAGUCCUGCGUCGAGUGGCUAAUGGCCGAGAACCGCAUGCCGUCUGAUGGUUUGAGUGUCGUGUUUCCCAAGACGAAGACCGCGGCUGUUUCUUCUCUGCCGCCGCCGCCGCCGCCCCAUCCGCCGGACCCCGUCUCUGAGGGAGGAGCGUUGGUGACCAAAGACGGCGACGCUAUCUGGGCGCCGGCAGCGAUAACAACAGCAACGAAGAAACAGAAGAACAAGUCUGCCGCUUCCCCUGCCGCCGUGGCGGGGAAUAACGGCAGCAACGCACUCAUGCCAGACAGCCCGUCGCCGCCGCCGCCGCCCCUUGCCAGCCUGGACGACGACAACACCAACGACACCAUCGCUGCGCCGCUAUCGCCAACGCCCGGACAGCCGCCCAAGAAGCCAGCCCCCACCAACACCGCCAGAAGCACCGCACCUACAACCAUCGACGUUCACGACCCCUCCGUGCCGACCGAAGCGCGCGUAGUAGAGAUGUGCCGGCGUCUCGGCAUGGCGGUGCCGCGGUACGUGGUGGCACAGGCAGAAGAGAACGCGACCUUUUUUUCGGCACGGCCCAACUUUGGCGCCGCCGACGCCGUCGUGCUGCCCGACGGCCUCGGGGUCGUGCGCAAUAUCUACUCGCGCCGCGCGGCCAGAGAGGCGGCGGCGGCGGACGUGCUCGCUUACCUCCUGCGCGUCGAGCGCGAGCGUGUUGCUGAGGCCGAGGCGCUGAUUGCUGAGUUGAGAGCGGCUGUGGGUGUUAAUUGAGUGAGUGUGUGAGUGCAUGAGGGGGGUGUUUUGUUGUUUUGUUAUUUUUGGUGGGUGGUGGAGGGGGAACCAUUUGAUACUGGGUUAGAUCAGACAGUUCAAGCAAACAAAUGUCUGGCAAAUCGAUGGUCAUGUCGUAUACACGGUG